GCGACACGACGCCGCUUGCUGCCGGGGUAACGGAGUUUUUGGGGUCGAGCGGAAUGUUGCCGGUGGAGUAGCUCUCCCGCCAUUUUUCAACCAGACUUAUUUGUUCUUGGACGGGAAUUCCGUCUGUUCGCGGACCGGAGCGCGGCGCGGGUCUUUACAGAGCGGAGUAAAAGUAGUUAGAUAACUAGCUCAGCGUUCGUCAUCUGCGGGAAGGCGGCCAGGAGGCAUUGUGGGACGGCGGACGGCUCAGAAAGCGCGCCAUACGCCCCCGGACGGCUCCUCUGUUUUCCCGCGAGUCUCUGUGUCUCAGCAGCCCGGCUUCAGGAGUUUCCCCUCCACAGGAGGAGGGUCUGCUGAAAACCGCUUGCUUCUUUACCUCCACAGGGCUGGACGCGUUGAAGCGGCCCGCUGGAUAUGCUGCAGCGGGCUUGUUUAAUCGGUGUCUGGCGGUAAAGCGGCUUCUUCUAACCCCGAACUCCAGCUAGCUAUUGUUUUUCUCCUAGAAGCUGCAGCAACAGCAGCUAGCGUAGCCUAGCCUAACCUAGCUUAGCCUGAUGCUAGCUCCGCUUUGAAUGUCGGCGGUGGAAACGCGGGGACAGGCGCUUUGCGGUCCCGCUUGAUUCAGCAGGAGUUACGCAGCGGCUAAUGGUCGGGUUCGUGUUGUUUAAGCCGAGAUUCAGCGCUAGAAGGAGUUCGGACUGAUCCUCCGCCGUCUGUAAGCGAGCGAUGGCACCGCUGCUGGGCCGGAAACCCUACCCGCUGGUGAAGCCGCUGGCCGAGCCGGCGGGCCCCGGCGAGGAGGUCUACAUCAUCGAGCACACUAAGGAGGCCUUCAGGAACAAAGAAGAAUAUGAGGCCCGAUUGGAGAGAUACAGUGAGCGGAUAUGGACGUGCAAAAGCACUGGCAGCAGCCAGCUCACUCACAAGGAGGCCUGGGAAGAGGAGCAGGAGGUCACUGAGCUGCUACAGGAGGAAUACCCUGUGUGGUUUGAGAAGCCAGUUCUGGAGAUUGUGCACCAUAACACCGUGUCCUUGGACAAGUUGGUGGAUCAGGUCUGGGUGGAGAUCCUCACCAAGUAUGCUGUUGGGGAGGAGUGUGACUUCCUGGUUGGUAAGGAUAAAAGUAUGCGGGUGACUGUGGUGAAGAUACACCCACUGGAAAAUGCUCAAGAGGAGCAGGCAGAGAAAAAGAUGGAGGGAGCGUGUGAUUCCCCCUCCAGUGACAAAGAGAAUGCCAGCCAGGAGAACCAGAAGAAGGAGCAACCGAAAGAGGAGGACAACAAACGAGAGAGUCUUAGUGAUCGGGCACGACGCUCUCCCAGAAAGCUUCCCACCAGUAUGAAGGAGGAAAAGAAAAAGUGGGCCAUGCCAAAAUUUCUGCCUCACAAAUACGACGUAAAGCUUGUCAACGAGGACAAGGUGAUCAGUGACGUUCCAGCUGACAGCCUGUUCAGAACCGAGAGACCUCCUAAUAAAGAGAUAAUGCGCUACUUCAUCAGACACUACGCUUUGAGGCUUGGCAUGGGAGAGAGUGCUCCCUGGGUGGUGGAGGAUGAACUGGUGAAAAAAUACAACCUACCCAGCAAAUUCAGCGACUUCCUCUUAGACCCACAUAAGUUUCUGGCAGAAAAUCCUUCUACAAAGAGAAAGAGCCUCAGCUCUCCAGAGGGGAGACUCAGCAAGAAACUGAAGACCUCUGAAUCAGGAACCGAGACAGAGGAGAAAGGAGAGAAGGAGAAAAAGAGGAGGAAAAAGAGAGACUCUCAGAACAUGCCCCUCAGCCCAACACUGUGGGCAAACAUGCAGGUAAAGAAAGUAAAUGGCUCUCCACUGAAGAUGAAAAAUUCAGGCACGCCUAGAAAAUCAGACGGCAAGAAGUUUGUCGAUCCCAAGAGGGGGCGCAAGAGCGGUGCAGGGAGGCCACCGAACAGCCAGAAAGGAUCUAAAAAAGAUGAAAAAGGCCCCAAGAAACCCAGGAUGAAGCAGAUGACACUGCUCGAUCUGGCAAAAAGUCCCUCUGCUAAAGACAGCCCCAAAAAGAGAGCACGGAGCACAGGGCUUGGCACCCCGAAACUGGGCAAACCUCUGCCACCCAUGGCUCUGCACCUUCUCCGCUUUUAUAAGGAGAACAAGGGCAAGGAGGACAAGAAGAACGCUCUGUCUGCACUGGUGUCCAGGGCGGCAAAGACUCUGACGCCAGAGGACCGUGGACGCCUCCCAGAGGAGCUGAAGGAGAUAGUCCAGAAGCGCUGGGAGCGCCUGGAGGAGAAACGACGGUGGGCACUUAUGAGUGAAGAGGAAAAGCAGGAGGUAUUAAAAAAGAAGCGAGCAGAACUGAAAGCAAAGCUGCGUGAGAAGGCUAAAGAGCGACGCGAGAAGGAGAUGCUGCUUCGGCGUGAGCAGCAGCGACGCUACGAAGAUCAGGAGAUUGAGGGCAAGAGCCUGCCUGCUUUCCGAUUGGUGGACAUGCCCGAGGGCCUGCCCAAUGCACUGUUCGGUGACAUAGCAAUGGUGACGGACUUCCUCAGCUGCUAUUCUGAUCUUCUCAUGCCUGAUGACCAGUACCCAAUCACAGCUCAGGCCUUAGUUGAGGCACUGGCCUCAGACAAGGGUGGCUUCAACUACCUGAACCGUGUCCUGGUGGUGCUCCUCCAGACGCUGCUUCAGGACGAGCUGGCAGAAGCCUACAGUGAACUAGACAUGCCUCUCUCUGAGAUCCCGCUGACCAUGCACUCUGUGUCAGAACUGGUGCGCCUGUGCCUGAGGCCGUCGGACGCUCAAUGCGACGAAAGCUCCCACAGCUCAGAUGAGUGGUCCGGAGGUGGCAGCUACGACGAUGUGGUCAGCAGCGAGUUUCUGGAACGCCUUGAGACAGCUGAGGUGUUUGAGCUCACCCCACAAGAGAAGGUGAGCCUGCUGGUGGCACUCUGCCAUCGCAUACUCAUGACCUACUCAGUGGAGGACCAUGUGGAAGACAUGCAGCAGCGUGCAGCCGGGCUCUGGAGGGAACGUCUCGCCACGCUCAAGGAGGCCAACAUCCGGCGGAAGGCUGAGAAACAGAAGCUCAAGGAGCAAAUGAUUGCGUCAGGAUGCAUCGCCCCCAAGGCAGAGGAAGCGGGAGCCAAGGCAGAGAAGAAGAAGGAGGGGAACACCAAGAAGGAGCAGGUGAAGGCCUCUCAAGAGCCGGAGGACAUGAUCAGCACGGUGAAGAGCCGCAGGCUGAUGUCCAUGCAGGCCAAGAAGGAAAAGGAGGAACAGGAGCGACAGAAUAAGGAGCGCAUGGAGAAGGAGGCUGAGGAAGAGCGACUGCGGAAGCAGAAGGUUGCAGCAGAGAAAGCCUUCCAGGAAGGCAUUGCUAAAGCCAAGCUGGUGAUGAGGAGAACGCCCCUAGGCACUGACCGCAACCACAACCGGUACUGGCUGUUCUCUGAUGUGGUUCCUGGGCUGUAUAUAGAGAAAGGCUGGGUACACGAGAGCAUCGAUUACAGCUUCACUCUUCCUCCCCAGCCUGAAGCACCUAAGGAGGAGGAGGAAGAGGAAAAUGAGGAAGAGAUCAAGAAAGAAGAGGAUGCAGAAGAUGUAGACAAAGAUGAUGAGGGAAGCAUUGCCAGUGCCACUAAUGAGAACGGCCAGCGGUGGAUGUCAGCUCCUGAGAACUACAUAGAGUCCACUGUGCCGAAGCAGGGCCAGAAUCUCUGGUUUGUGUGUGACUCUCCGAAAGACUUGGAGGAGCUUUUAGAAAGUCUUCACUCGCAGGGCGUGCGAGAGAGCGAAUUAAAACUCAAGCUGGAAGUCAAGUUCCAGGACAUAAUGCACUCCAUUCAUAUGAGUAAGAAGGGUAACCUGGGCCUGCGGGCAUGUGACGGCCACCAGGAGCUCCUUAAAUUUCUGCGCAGUGAUAUUAUUGAGGUGGCCUCUCGCCUGGAGAAGGGUGGACUAGGCUGCAUGGAGGACACGGCGGAGUUUGAGGCGCGGGUGGAAAGCCUGGAGAAGCUGAAGGAUUUUGGCGAGUGUGUGAUCACACUGCAGAAGAGCGUGAUUAAGAAGUUCUUGCAGGGCUUUAUGGCUCCCAAACAGAAGAAAAAGAAGAAGCAGAGUGGGGAGGAGAGCGGGAAGACUGAAGAAGUGGAUGAGGAUAAGAAACUGGCUGAGGAGGCUAGGGUGGCGACAGCAGUUGAGAAGUGGAAGACUGCCAUACGAGAGGCUCAGACUUUCUCCCGAAUGCAUGUGCUGCUGGGUAUGCUUGAUGCCUGCAUUAAGUGGGACAUGUCUGCAGAGAAUGCUCGCUGCAAAGUGUGCAGGAAGAAAGUUGGAGAUGAUGAUAAAUUGAUUCUGUGUGACGAGUGCAAUAAGGCCUUCCAUCUCUUCUGUUUGCGACCGGCCCUGUAUCGCAUACCGGAGGGUGAAUGGCUCUGCCCGGCCUGCCAACCGACCACUGCCCGCCGCUCCUCCCGUGGCAGAAACUACAAUGAAGACUCUGAGGAGGAGGAAGAAGAGGAGGAAGAAGAAGAUGAGUCGGAUGAGGAUGACUCUGAUGAAGAUGAACACAGGGACACAGGGCACAGCUUGAGACCGAGAAAGAAGGCCAAGUCCAAAGUCCAGAGCAAGUCUGGGUCCAAGAAGAGCUCUCCUCCCAGUGCCAAAACCUCAUCUAAAACAGCUGCAAAACCUGCCUCAAAACCAGCACCUAAAACCACUUCUAAAUCUCGCUCUGCUCCCAGCAACCCGGCAGACAUAGAGGAACUGGUGCGUCAAAGUUCCAGAACAGGACAGAAAAAGCAGGCACAGGAGCUUGAAAAGUGUGAAGAGAUCCUUCUAAAAAUGAUUAAAUUCCGUUACAGCUGGCCCUUCAGAGAGCCGGUGUCUGCGGAGGAGGCCGAAGACUAUCAAGACAUUAUCAGCACUCCCAUGGACUUCAGCACUAUGCAGAGCAAGUUCAAGUCCUCGCAGUACCGCGGCGUGCAGGACUUCAUCGAGGACAUGAAGCUGGUGUUCUCCAACGCAGAGGAGUACAACCAGCUGGGCAGCAGCGUCCUGCAGUGCACCACCCGCACUGAGCAGGCCUUCACCGACCUGCUGCACAAGAUCCUGCCCGGGGUCACGUACCUCCGCCGCAAGGUCCGCAAACGCAAUGCUCCACAGCAGGAAGAGGACGACGAGGAUGAAGAGGAGGAAGAAGAAGAAAAUGAGGAAGAAGAGGAGGAGGAAGAUGAUGAUGAUGAUGAUGAUGAUGACAAUGAUGAUGACGAACAUGAGGAAGAACAGAAAGGAAGGAAAAAAAUGCAGAAUGGGAAGCAGAGCAAAGCGGCGCCCAAAAAACGGCAGGAGGAUCGCGCUAGCAGCCGGUCGUCACGGAGCAACGGCCGACAGCGCAAACAAGCGGAGAGCGAGAGCGACGGCGAGGAAGAAGACGAAGACACGAGCAAGAGGAAGAGCAAGCGGACAGUAGCGACCACGAAGCGCAAGGACUACCGCGAACAGGACAGCGACAGCGACCGCGAGAACAGGAGAACUGGCUUGAGGCGAUCAGGGAGGAGGGCGGCGGAGCCUAGCAGCGACGAGGACUCAGUCAGCCAGCGACAUUCCAAGAGGCAGAAACGCUCAUAAUCAAAAAGUGCAGGGUGCCCCCCCCCCCCCCCCCCCUUUUUUUCUUUUCGUUUUUGUGCUCUUCAUACAAAAAAAAAAAAAAAAUCAUACUCCCGGUCCUACCUCCCGCGGUUACAAAAAACAAAACAAAAACAAAGGACCCUCGUUGCUUACUUUGCGUAUUAGUCCGAAAUCGAAACUUCUCCUCCGCUUAGAUUUUUGUUCUUUUUUCUGGUAUAUCUGACCCUUUUCGAUGUUUGUUUUAUGUUCAUAUUGACAUACGAAAGAAAACUGAUUUAUAUUUGUAAGUCGUAAGUUUAUUACUGGUGACUCUUCGUUUUCUUUUUCUCAGCCAGGAAAAAAUGUAUCAUCUCCGAUGAGAGAUGAUCUCUCUGAGCGCUUAAGAUUUUUUUCCUUUUUUGAUAAAAAAAAAAAUUUACCUUUAAGCCACUUAUUUCUUAAAAACCAGCAAAAAAACAACAAAAUACACAAAAUAUGGAUUUGUCGUUGGUGUACAUCUUCGCCUGUCUGUGUGCCGUUGUCAGGCAGGGCAGCUAAUUAACGACAAGUCAGCUGAGACCGAAUAUUCUGGAGGAUUCAAAUGUUUUUUUUUUUUUUGUCUUUUCUUUCUAAGUGAUGCUCUAGAAUACAGAAGCUCCAGCUGAUCUUGUUGUGCACCGAUACUUCUUUUUACUAUCCUCAUGGAGAAGAGAACCAGCACCAAAAUAUUUUUAUUUUGUAAUGUGUAAUGAUUUUUCAUUUUUCAGAGUACAAUACAAAUGAAUAAAGCAUUUUUUGAUCUAGAUGAAA